UGGAGGGGUGGUGGUGGGGAUCGAUGGCGUCGCGCGUGCUUCCGUGAGAUUCCUGAUCGGCUGGCUGAUCGCGCUCGUGGUGGCAGGUCCAACGGCUUAAAAGCUUAUAGGAUGAUACUUAGGGUGAAUGUGGAUGUCAACUUAACAGAUUUGAAGCUUCUGCAUGCGGGGAUAAUAUAUAGUUCUGCAUACUUCAAUUUCUUGUGAGAAAUAUCAACUCAUUGGCGGAACAGAAACACUCUGGUGCAUUUCAUAAGUCAGCCGUUUAUAGAAGACAAUGUCAGCUUCAGAUUUCAGGAUUCCUUACCAGCAAGUAUCAUCUUGGCAGCCUGCUGAGAGUGCAGGUCAGUUCAAAAUCUGCCGAUGUGGGGAAGGAGACCCUAACUUUCAGACUACAAACACAUGUCCUAAUUGCCAGGUUCUUAAGAGUGGGCAUUUACUGCUCUCAUCUAAAGGAAUUGGUUGGACAACAUGGAAAAAACGCUGGUUUAUUCUUACAAGGGCAUCAUUAGUGUUCUUCAGAAGUGAUCCUAAUGCACCUCCCAGAGGAAAUGAACCGAUUGUUACACUAGGUGGAAUUGACUUGAAUAACUCUGGAAGUGUUGUGGUCAAAGAAGACAGGAAACUUUUAACAGUGUUAUUUCCUGAUGGCCUUGAUGGGCGAACUUUCACUCUCAAGGCAGAAAGUACAGAAGAACUCAAUGAAUGGAGAAGUGCGUUAGAGAAUACUCUGGCACAGGCACCUGCUAUAGCGACUACUGUUGGUCAAAAUCCAAUUUUCAGCACUGACAUAGCACAGCCCGUUGAAGCUCCAGCUGAACAGCUGGAGGAUAAAUCUGUUAUUGGGAGGCCUGCAGAGUUUGCACUUGUAGAUUCUGAUGGUAAUCCAUCUUUCCUGGAAAAGGCCUUGAAGUUCAUUGAAGACUAUGGUGUCAAGGUGGAAGGAAUCCUACGUCAGUCUGCUGAUGUUGAAGAAGUCAAACGCAGAGUUCGGGACUACGAAAAGGGGAAAAAUGAGUUCUCUCCUGAAGAGAAUGCACAUGUUAUUGGUGAUUGUAUCAAGUAUGUUCUUCGAGAGAUGCCUUCAUCUCCAGUUCCUGCACCAUGUUGCACUGCUCUGGUUGGAGCUUACCGAACUGACAAGGCAAGAAGGCUUGAUGCGAUGAAUAGAGUGAUUUAUGAUGUUUUCCCAGAACCAAAUCGACAACUAUUACAGAGGAUUCUUAAGAUGAUGCAGAUUGUUGGAUCACACAAAGCUGUGAAUAGGAUGUCUCAAUCUGCUUUGGCGGCUUGCAUGGCACCGCUCCUUCUCCGACCUCUUCUUCUUGGUGAAUGUGAAAUUGAUAGCGAUUUCAGUAUGGCUGGGGAUGGUUCAUUCCAGCUGCUUCAAGCUGCAGCUGCUGCCAAUCAUGCUCAAGCAAUUGUCAUCAUUAUGCUCGAGGAAUAUGAUCAGAUAUUUGAUGACUUGGAAGAAGGUUCCUGCUCCUCGGAUGCAUAUACUGAGUCUGAAGACGAUGAUUUUGACAAGGAAUAUUCCACAGAAAACGAUGUCCCUGAUGAGGAUGGCUCUUACGAUUCUGGAGAGGAUAACAUUGACGAAGACAUGGAUGAUAAUUCUGUGCACUCCUCUGGUGGCAGUGAAUGUGACAAAAACAUUAAGAUCAGUGUCUCUGACGACAAGGUUAAGAACAAUAACUCUAGCACAGCAUCUAAAGGCAACGGUCAGGGUUUACAACCCCCUAUGAAAGCAGCAACAGAACAUGGCACGGUAAGGGGAGACACUAAAAUUUCUGUUCCACCAAUGGAGAACACCUGCCUAAUGGAGAGUAAUGAUCCAUCCAACCAAAAACAAGAAUCAUACGGAUCAAAUGGAUCAACAGAUCAAAUAGAAAAGUUCAAUGUUCCCUCAUCAUCCUCAAGAGCAAAAUUUAUGGAGAAAUCAAACAGCUCAAGAAAUAAGAGUAAAAGGACCUUAUGGGGCCGUACUUCAGCAAGAAAAGACCUAUCAGCAGAGGAGAUUGACUAUUGCAGUGAUGAUGAGACUCUUAUUGAGAAGCUUGAGAACAAGAAGACAGAUCUCCAAUCUAAAAUUACAAAGGAGGUGAAAGAAAACUCAAUCCUCCAUGCAAGUAUCGAAAGGAGGAAAGAAGAAUUGCAUGAACGCCGAUUAGCACUUGAAAAAGAAGUGGAACAUUUGCGAGAUCAGCUACAGACGGAGAGAAAUUUGAGGGCCUCAUUGGAGUCUGGGCUGAUGAAUUUGCGAAGAGGGCAGGUGUCCUUCCAAUCAACAAUUGACAGCAAGGUUUCUGAUCUCCGUGGACAACUGAACAACCAGGUCCAGAUGAGCUCCACGUCAUUAUGUGACUCAUGCAACAAAUUACUCCUAAAUACAGACAAGCUAGCUGGAGAUGAACAGAAUACUGCAUCAUCCAAUGUUGGAUUAUCUGACAUGGUAUCAGCUACAGAUAUGGCAGAUAUGAAGCAAUCGAUGAAGCAAAACACACUACUUUCAUCUUCUUCCACAGGCAAACCAGCUCUCCAGAAGCAGCAAAUGAAUACUAAUUAUCAACAAAAUAUGAGUUCAGGAGGUAUCUCAUCUGAUGAGCAGUCAAGCACCAUCAGCCAAAGGGCUCAAAGAAUGUUGUCUUCCAACGGUGAGAUUAUGAAGGAUGACCAAGAUGGAUCAUUUACAUCGAAAUGGAACUUUGCACAGAGGCAAUACUCAAAUAACCCACUGUUAAGCAGGCUUGGAUCGAAUGCCUAUUCGAGUACUAGAACAGAGGGAUCUGGGGCUGUACCAUCUGCAUUAGCCAAGCUCACAAACCGACUUAAUUUUUUGAAAGAAAGAAGAGCACUUAUUGCAAGUGAAAUGCAAAACUUAGAUUUGACUCGCCCACCAGGGCCUACAGCUCCAGCUUCAGAGAGAGAUUCCACAUGAGAAGUGGGAGUUUUAACUGUAAGAUCAUAAGCAUGAUUAAUAUUUUCUGAUGAACAAUUGGCUUGCGAUUUGGUUUAUAAAUUGAAUUUAGU